AUAAAAAAAUAAAAGGAGUUUGUACCGGCCAACACUGUAUCUAGGGUUUUUCUAAAAGCGUUACCUUGUCGCCUAAUUCACCACCGUUCCCGGCGAGAACAAAAUGCUGAUUCGAUCUAUUAUUUUAUCAAGAUCACGUAAGCAUCAAUCGCUCGCCAAUUUCUUCGCAGGCUCUGCAUUUGCGAGCCCAGAAAAUGCUAAUUCGUCGAUAGUAAAAUUGGCGGAAGAAGGGUAUGUUGCUUCCUACUUGGUGAAUUCAUGUGGUUUAUCUGCAGCAGAUGCUAAUUCCGCUUCCAAAAAGGUGCAUUUUGAUGACAUAGACAAACCAAAUACUGUCCUCAACUUCCUUGAAAAACAGGGGUUUAGCAAAACCGAAAUCGCCGAGCUCGUUAGAAAAAAACCUAAGUUAUUGUUAGCCAACCACGAGAAGUUCCUUUUGCCAAAGAUUGAAUUUUUCUUGCAGUUGGCAGGUUUCACUAAGGAAGAUGCUCUCACAACUCUUUCAAAGCACCCUCAUUUCUUGGCAUGUAGUGUGAAGCACAGAUUAGCACCCGUGUUUAAUUACGCAAAGGACGUAAUCGGGACUGUAAAAGCUCAGGCUCUUCUCAGACAUGGAUCCUGGGCUUUUAAUAUUGAUCCUAACGAUAGACUAAUUCCGAAUGUCGAAUACUUGAGGGAGCUUGGAGUGCCGAUAAAUUGUAUCGAGUUAGCAUUGUUUCACUGUGGGAAUAUUUUUUCCCAAGAACCUAUUAAGUUCAGGGAAGUUGUUGAGGAGGUGAAGCAAAUGGGUAUUGAUCCGACGAAAACGAUGUUCAUAAUGGCAAUAGAAGCCCGCUCGGGGAAGAGUACUUUAGAAUUAUGGGAUAAAUGCUAUCAAGUUUAUAGUAAAUGGGGUUGGUCCAAAGAUGACAUAUAUAUGGCGUUCCGAAAGCAUCCUCAUUGUAUGCUUCUUUCCGAGAAGAAGAUAUCGGAAACCCUCGAUUUUCUGGUUAAUAUGUUAGGGCGGGAUCCCUGUUCGGUGGCACACUUUCCAACUAUUAUCAUGUAUAAUUUGGAGAAGAGGAUAAUUCCUAGGUGUUCCGUUGUUCAUCUUUUGUCGUUGAAGGGUUUAGUCAAGAAAGAUUGGAGCUUGACUAGUGUGCUUGCCCCUGCAGAAAGAGUUUUCAUGGAAAGGUAUGUCACUAAAUAUACUAAACAAGUACCUCAGAUUUAUGAUAUUUAUCAAGGGAAGAAGCUUGAAUCUGUAGUGGGGCAUUGAAGACGGUGAAAAAAACGUAUGGGCAAGAAGACGAUAAAGGAUGAAUGGAACGAGAUUUAGUGAAGAAACGAGAGAGUAGAAACUCGCUUGCUUCAUCCUUUUGCCUUGUAUUAUAGUUCUUGAUUUCAAGAUUAAAGGUUUGUUUCUAUGGGAUUUUUUUUGAUA